CAGUGACAUUGAACGCUAUCAAAUGGCCAAUAAGAAAAUUCCUUUCAAAUACGCCAGACCAGUAGAAGAGUGGCUACAAGAGAAAGGACGGCAGCUAACCAUUUUCAACACCCAAGCAACAGUCUCUAUUGGUGGUAGUGAUCACAGCCGGCCUUUUCAGGGCCAACUGUCUGGCUUUCAUUACAAUGGCCUCAAAGUGUUGAAAAUGGCUUCUGAAGGCAACGCCAACAUCAAGAUCAAUGGGAGUGUGAGGUUGGUAGGGGACGUGCCCAGUGGGCCGGGCUCAGCCAGGAGCACCGCCAUGUCUCCAGAGAUGUCCACCACCUUCAUCGAGACCACGACCAUGAUGUCCACCACUACUACACGGAAACACAGAUCCUCUUCAACUGUUCAGCAUACGGCAGAUGACAUUGUGUCCUCUGCAGAGUGUUCCAGUGAUGACGAGGACCUGGAGGAGUGUGAAACUAGCCAUGCAGGUGGGCUAGGUUAGUUUGCAUUUGCUCGCUUUUUUGUGCUUUCACUCAUCUGCACCAGAGGAUUGAUGCUUCCUCAAAGCAUCACAACCCCAUGGUUAAACAAAGUGUAACUUCAUAUAACAGCCAAUGUAGUCACAUUAAACAUAGCUGCAAAUAACAUUAACCAAUACAAGGAAAGCUGGUUUAAGAAAUGCACAGUUCAAUUGAAGCUACAUUGAAAAUAGUUAAACUUGUGAAUCAGGCAUACAACAAAUUAUUUCAGUAGCCCAGAAAGCCAUUGAUAUCAUGUGCUACACUUGCACAUGGGGUCUUCCAAAGUGGUUAACAUGGUCACCAAUAUAAAUACAAAUUAUGUCUGCAGAACGGAAUAAUAAGGGUUAGUACAAGUGGGCAGAAUUUGUAUGAGGGUGAACCAUGUUAUCUGCACUGAUGCUGUUACAUGUACAUGGUGUUUGAGUCCACUGCUGCUGCCAUUCACUGCUCCACUGACCUUCAUUUUAAAACAAUACACUUUUAAAAGUCUUAUUUUAUUUGUAUUUGUUUAGCUUAAUGCAGAAUGUUGUAAAGACUACGGUGAUGUUUUGUCUUCAUUUGUGUUUUUCCACACUCACUUGUGUUAGUACAUGUGAUAGAGAACAGAUAUCAUUGAAUUUCUGUGUACAAGUUUUUUUUGUUUUUUUGGGUCAUAUUCUUGCUUUUAGGUGUACUUGUUAUUCUGUCUUUUUUGUAUCUAAAGGCUUACAUUAUAAAAUAUGCAAGCUUUGUGAUAAUUUAGAGAAGCAAAUUAAUGAUUUGGAAAUGUCCAUAUUUAACAACAUAAAAUUAUAGGACACAGCAAACAGCCAUGUUUUCACUUCCAUUCUAAAUAAUCAAACUGUCACACAGCUUUCUGAUGUGCAUGGCAGUUAGAUUAUUUUUCUAAAGUUUUUUUUUAGUUUGAACAUCCUUUAACCCAUUUAAAAUAAUGCAACAUAACCUUUCAAAUAUACAUGUAUUUGGAUGUCCAGACGAAAUGUCAGCUUCAGUAUUUAGUUCAUGUUGCGGACCAAAACAAACUGCUGCAGUAAAUCCACACACUCCUUUCACCUGCAGCUCAUAUGAAACACUAAGUGUUAUUAUACAAAUUAUUACUAAAGUUGCAAUGGAUUCCAAUUGGCAAACAUGCUUAGCAUUAUCAGGAAUGUAUUAUUGCUAGGAAUUUCUUUGAAGGCCUUAUUGACCAUAAAACAAGGCUUUUAGCUAAAUAACAUUUGCAUUUAAAACUAUGGUGAGCUAUUCUGCAAAUAAAAAGAUGGGUGAACUGAAUGUGGGUGAGUUGUGCCCUAUGACAUCUCAUGAGAAAAUACACAUUUUACUUUAGACUGUGAAAUAUUUAAAGUUGAAUGCCAGACGGUGACUGCACUGAACAAACUGAGGCUGUUGACUUUAAUCAAAUGUAUUACUUCAGCAGAUUUCACAUAACUGUAAAUUAAAAUAUUAGGUUCAACUUAAUAUUAUUUCUUUCAGCUAACCUUGUACACUCGUGAAAUUUGUGGCAUAAUAUAUUUAAUUAAGUAAAUUGGCUGGCUGCUUCUCAAUGUCAAGGAAAGAUCCUUCAGAGCCUCUAUUUCAAGGAUGCUACGUCAUCGAAUCCCGCCGAAAGACGUCCAAUGUACAGGAUCCUUGGAAUUCUACCGAGGACAGAAUCCUUCAUUGCAGGAAAUUUCAAGACUGCUCAUGUGUAUCCUCGGCGGCCUUAAAUGACCCACAAUGCGCCCGGACCAAUCUCCACGGAUUGGCACAGUGGCAUUAAUAAUGCAGUAAUGAUGGGCCUACACAACAUAAAGAAUAGAGGGCAGUUUCUGUUUACUUGACAUUUGUUAAUUGUAAACGGUUAUUUUUUUCACAUCUGCAAUUUGCUUGUGUGUGUUUACAUUAUUAAAGUACAAUUUAAAUGUGAUUACACAUGUUCUCCGCAUCGAUAAGUGUUAGAACCACUACAAACAUGCGCAAACUACAUAUGCAAAAUUGACACGGGAGAAAAGUGUUGCUUGCUUAUUGUGCGGGAAGAAUUAAAUAGAGGGAAUAGAAAGGGGUGUCUACCAAGGGUGAUUUAAACCAUUAUGACAACUCACAAACUAACUAUGGAGUAAUUAUGUAUGCUUAAUUUACUUGAUUUACAUUAGAGAAUAAAACUUGUACGGAAGGCAAGCAGGAAGACUUAUUUAACUAGAACAUCCUCCUCCUCCGAGCAGACAGACGCCGACGAUACUCCUGCUCUAUCUCUUCCUCCAUCUAAAAAAAUUAAUGGAUAAAAGACACCAAAAAAACGUGUCCAUCUUCGAUUUUAGCAAAUCAGUUAUGAGUCUUCAAACAAAUCACGCUCAAUAAGGCAGAGCCUUGCAUAUGACGGCGGACGCACACCUGCACACUUGCUAGCCUGUUCCAUUAUUCGUUCUCCGAAUGCUAGUAAGGAUUCUUGCCUGGCCUCUGAAGGACCUGACUCGGAAGAACAUGUCCUACCAAGGAAGCGUCCUCGACUUUGAGAAACGGCUAAUGUUUCAGUUUGUUCAGUGUGUCAGAAGCUUGAUUUCUGAGGAUUUUUGCUGACCAGCGAAAUGUCCUUCGUUUUGAAGAUCAUUCCCGUGUUGUUCAGGGUAUGUGAAAGGUUGUGGUGUAAAUGGGGUUAAAGCUGUGCUGUGUAGCCUGAGAUUCAUGGGGAUUUGUUAAGAAAGACAAAGACAGGGCCCCAGUCAUCCAAUCAUGUGUUUACACAGAAAUUCACACCACUCUAACCCUAACAUCGCGUUGAAAGCUGCAUGCUUUUAUUUCAAAUCUGCUUUUUUGCAUGAUUUUGGGAGUUUGUCCAAUUAGAUCGAGAUACUGUUGUAUUUUGCCUUCAUCAUGUGUGGCAUGACGUUUUGGUGGGUGAUCAUUUUGUAUUCUUAUAGUCGGGUACCAUGCGGCUUUGCACCAUGCAGCUCUACAUGUACCUCCAGUUUGAAGGUUUUCAGAGCAAAUAUAAAGGCAAAAACAAUAUUUUCUCACCAUCAAAUUCGUGUUGUCCUCUCCUAAUUUUCAGCUAGUCUUCAGUCUUCCAGUCCCUUUCCUUCCCCUGUCAUCUUCCUCCUAACGCUUUACUGCGUUUAAAUAUUUUUCAGUGAAGAUGGGAAACUAAUGUUUUUUUUGCCAACAAUUCUAGUUAUUUAUUUUCUUUUAUUCAUCAUUUUUUAUCAACCAUUGUUUAGCAAACUAUUGAAAUCGUUAUUUUCUGGGUGACAUCUGAUCAUGUUCUUGCAUGUUUUUUGAUUGAUGCUUAAAUCCAUUCCCCCAUAUUCAGACUAAAUUGGUUGCUUUGUCUGCAUUCGAGUUUAAGUUGAAAAUCAUUUUUGCGAUCGCAGCUCCAUUGAAUGUUGUCUAUGCAGUCUGGUUUGUUGGUGAAGUUCUUGAGUGAUUCUGUUCUCUGUUGGUAAUCUGUAGUGUUCUCCUUUCCUUUAGAUUAAUUUCAUAAGAUGGCAAGAUUCCUGAAUAGCUAAUACUGUGAACAAUAUGACAACAGUAAAGAACCAUCCCAUGACCAAUAAUUAAUAAUACAAUAUUAUCUCUCUGCCAAAGUUAAUCUCUAAAAGGGAUGGUUUGGAUGUUUUGAAGUGGGGUUGUAAAGUUGAGAGGAUGCAGGCGUCACAUGACUUUCUCCCAGGAGGCCACUGUUUGUCUUCUGUGUGAAACCAAAAGUCAACCAUGAACUGAUUUGGACAAUUUAAUUGAUUUACUUCACAUAAUUUACAAACCUACACUUUUGACCUUAAAGUAUGAUACUUCCCAACAUAUUCAAGUGUGGCCUUAACCCAACCAAGUGGUUUUGUUUAUUGUAGUUAUGUUUAAAUUCACAACAUGAACCACCUUAAAGUUUAAAGUGACAAGUUGGGAAUGUGGAGUUAAAAUAGAAGCGAUGAUCCAACAAUACGUAGAUAUGACUACAAAAUGUCCUUAAAAGUGUAAUGCUCUUUAUACGCUUAUGUUGAAGGACUGAAAUGAAUCAUAAAUGAGAAUUAUUAUGUUUUUAUAUACUUAUCACUCAAGGCAACCAUUGGUCUCUGUUCAUUAUUCCUUGAUAGACUAAUCAGUCAUGUGCCAUCUUAUGGAAUUUGCACAAGGCAAAUUAUUGAAUCAUAUGUCAAAAGAUUCUGUGGUGUUAAAGCUGGUAUCCAUAAUAAUGCUUAGUGACAUGUUUCCACAAUCUGAUGCCGAUCCCCCCCAUCACAUGGUUAACUGUUGCGCUGAUAGGACAUUUUAGUCUUUUCCUGAAAGUGCCCAUACAGUAUUAACUAUCAUUGCUACAAAACAACAAUGGUGUUUAUUUUGGCAAAAGUAUACAAGUAUACUUGCUCAACCCACCCCAACCUCGAAAUAAAUGGCAGAAGUCUUUGUCCUUUGAUUUUUCUGACAACCAUUCAUCCAUUCAACUUCACAGCUAUGGGGUUAUUGCUGAGAUCCCAAACAUUACAUUAGGCAAGGCAAGGCAAGGCAAGUUUAUUUAUGUAGUACUUUUCAACACAAGGUGUUCGAAAAAUAUCACUUGUCACCGGCUUAAGCUUCAAUAUCAGGAUACAUGUAUUAUUUAUUCAGUAUUUUCCCAACACAAGGCAAUUCAAAGUGCUUUACAAAAAUAUAAGACAUUAAGAACAUUCAUAAAUAGUGCAGCGGAAACACAUUAUAAAAUGGCAUUUAAACACAGUCAUUAAAA